CGCCCCUUACCGGUCUCCUCCGCCCAGGAGACAGUUCCCUGGAGGGAGAAGAAAUGGUGAAGCAAACCAUCCAGAUCUUUGCGCGGGUCAAACCGCUGGGCAGGAGGCAGCCGCCUGGGAUAUAUUCAGUGGAUGAAGAUGAGACAUCAACAUUCAGUUUGGAGAUUAUUGUGCCACAUGAUUUGGCAGAUGGUUUUGUCAAUAAUAAACGAGAAAGCUACAAGUUCAAAUUUCAGAAAGUUUUUGAUCAGGAGUCAAAACAAGAUGAAAUUUUUGAAGCCAUUGCUAAGCCAGUUGCAGAAUGUGCUUUAGGUGGAUAUAAUGGCACUAUAUUUGCAUAUGGACAGACAGGCAGUGGUAAGACUUUUACCAUCACUGGGGGAGCAGAACGUUACAGUGAUCGCGGUAUUAUUCCACGGACAUUAUCUUAUAUUUUUCAUCAGUCACAAAAGGAUAGCAGCAUGGUAUACACUAUCCAUAUUUCCUAUUUAGAAAUUUACAAUGAAUGUGGCUAUGAUCUGCUGGAUCCACGACAUGAAGCCUCCAAAUUAGAAGACUUGCCAAAGGUAACAAUAAUGGAAGAUCCCGAUCAGAACAUUCAUCUGAAACAUCUCUCCUUGCAACAAGCAACUAAUGAGGAGGAAGCACUGAACCUUCUCUUCUUAGGAGACACCAACAGAAUGAUUGCAGAGACUCCAAUGAAUCAAGCUUCUACACGUUCACAUUGCAUUUUCACCAUUCAUAUCUCAAGCAAAGAACCAGGUUCUGCCACUAUUCGACGCUCCAAAUUGCAUUUAGUGGACUUAGCUGGUUCUGAGCGUGUUGGGAAGACUGGAGUUGGAGGCCAGUUACUGACAGAGGCCAAGUAUAUCAAUCUGUCAUUACAUUACUUGGAACAGGUAAUAAUUGCUUUGUCAGAGAAAAACAGAUCUCAUAUUCCAUACAGGAACUCUAUGAUGACCUCGGUGCUAAGAGACAGCCUAGGAGGGAACUGCAUGACCACAAUGAUUGCCACACUUUCAAUAGAAAAAAGGAACAUAGAUGAAUCUAUAUCGACUUGUAGAUUUGCUCAGCGAGUUGCCCUUAUUAAGAAUGAAGCUGUUCUAAAUGAAGAAAUUGAUCCAAGACUGAUGAUUGUGCGACUUAAGAAGGAAAUCCAAGAACUUAAAAAUGAAUUGUCUUUGGUGACUGGGGAACAAAGAGCAGAAGAACUUACGGAGGAAGAACUACUACAGAUAGAUGAGCAGAUACAAAGUUUUUUGGAAGAUACAGAACCUGAGAGCAUAUUGGAAGUUGGAGCUGAUAUGCGGAAGAUCAAAUACUGCUUCCGUUAUUUAAAGAGAUUGACUAAUGAGGUGAAGGUUCCGAACAACCAUCUCCAUGCACCAAAUAUUCUUGAAGAGAAAAAUCCUAAUAAUUCAAUUGGGGAUGAAGAGGUAAAGAAAUUGAGGGAUCUUCUGCAGCAACGAGACAAUGAAAUUAACAUUUUGAUAAAUAUGUUAAAGAGGGAAAAAAAGAAAGCUCAAGAUGCUUUUCUUCAAUUCAGUGCUCUAAGCAAGGAUAUCCCACCCUCAGAAAGUUCUAGUCUUUUGAAAAAUAUGGAAAAUGAUCAAAUGACUUCUGCCACUUUGGAAACUAAAUCUGUCUUCCUUCCCAGGAGAACAGGAGUGAGAGGAGAAAUGUCACUUGGAUGCCAAGAAGCCUUUGAAAUUUUUAGAAGAGAUCAUGCCGAUAGCAUAACGAUUGAUGACAAUAAGCAGCUCCUUAAAGUAAGGUUUGCUGAAGCGAAAUCACUUGGAGAAAAAGUAAAUGAAAUACGAAAUAAGAUUAACCAUCUGAAAGAAGAGAUAAUUCAGAGACAUAUGCAAAAAGCAGCUCAAGCUGUUGUCAGUCCUCGAGAAAUGAAUGAACCUGAUCCAAUAGAAGAAGCACUUCGGGCACAAAUUGAAAAAGAGAAGAUAAGUUAUAAAGCUAUGUUUACUCACCUGAAAGGACUGAAGAUAGAAAUUGAACACUUGCAGCUACUUAUGGAAAAGGCAAAGAUGAAGUUGCAAAAAGACUUUGAAGUGUGGUGGUCUACCGAGGCAAUGGGUUUGCAGAACCAGGAAGAAAAGCCGGUUUUGCUCAAUUCAACUAGUGUGUUAAAGACUCCACCUUUAGUCCUUGGAACCCAAACAUAUCCUCCUGCUAUCAGGGUUCCAAAUAACAGCCGAGCCAGCUCCGAUAAAGAGUCUUCUGUGAGAAGUAAUUCCAGCAGACUCAGCAACUCAGUUUCUGCAUCAAGGAUUUCUCCAAAUCCGAUUUCAUCCAUCCCCUUCACAGGAGAUAGUCAAACUGAUGCUGACAUUCUGGCUUUCAUAAGAGCCAGACAACAUCUCAUGCAGAAUAAAGAAUCAAGAAACAAAUAAAUUUUGUCCAACAUAGGAGGAUGCCAUUUCAGUGCUACUUUCAGAUUAAAUACAAAUGGAUAUUCCAGCUGCUGCAAAACUCACAGGAAGUAAGGGAAAAUACAUGGAUUUUCUCCAAAGAAUGGCAUUCAACUUGUAUUUUCACCAUCUCUAUAACAUCAGAGAAAACAAAAUAAUGUGACACAUGUUCUUGAAUAUGUAGGAAUUGGAUGGCCAUUUUAUUUGGCCUGUAAAUGUCAUAUUUAUUUAGCACUGAGGGAGACAAAUUCCCAUCUGUAACACAAGCAGAAUUAUUUGCCAGGGAUGUUUUUCAUUUGUUGGAAUCUUAUGAAAGAAUUGUCUUAAUUCACAGCAGUUUGGACUUCUACAUAUUUAGAUUUUUCUUGGCUUUCAUUUGCAUUGGCUUAAAAGCACUGUUGAAAAAUUGCAAAUAUUUUUCCUCACAUAAUUUAGAAAUGUUACCUGUAUUUUUUUAAGUUUAUGAACAGCCAGUGAACAAAUGUAAAGCUGAUGUUCUUUAUCAAUUAUAAUACAUCAUUAUUGGAAUUAUAAUAGAUCAAUUAGAAAAUAAAAGGUUGCUAUUUAAA